GCUCUCCGCUCCUCUCAAACAUCGUAGUGGCGGAUCCGAGCUUUUCCUUGCAGCUUCGACGUUCUUCCGCCCCUUGAUUUCGUCGUCGAUCUCCGUUCCAACCCUCCAUGGCCGGAAAGGGCGAGGGUCCGGCGAUCGGGAUCGAUCUCGGCACCACCUACUCCUGCGUCGGCGUGUGGCAGCACGAUCGGGUCGAGAUCAUCGCCAACGACCAGGGUAACCGCACCACCCCCUCCUAUGUCGCCUUCACCGACACCGAGCGCCUCAUCGGCGACGCCGCCAAGAACCAGGUCGCCAUGAACCCAACCAACACCGUUUUCGAUGCAAAGCGUCUUAUCGGAAGGCGAUACAGUGAUGCUUCUGUCCAAAGCGAUAUCAAGCUCUGGCCCUUUAAGGUUGUUCCUGGUCCUGGUGACAAGCCCAUGAUAAUUGUUCAGUACAGGGGGGAGGACAAACAGUUUUCUGCGGAAGAGAUUUCUUCUAUGGUCUUGAUAAAAAUGAAAGAAAUCGCCGAAGCCUACCUGGGUUCCACCAUAAAGAAUGCCGUUGUUACUGUUCCUGCUUACUUUAAUGACUCCCAGCGCCAGGCAACCAAAGACGCUGGUGUCAUUGCUGGUCUUAAUGUAAUGAGGAUUAUCAACGAGCCAACAGCUGCUGCUAUUGCCUAUGGUCUCGACAAGAAGGCUAGUAGUGUUGGGGAGAAGAAUGUCCUCAUCUUUGACCUUGGUGGUGGCACUUUUGAUGUCUCUCUUCUGACCAUUGAAGAGGGUAUUUUUGAGGUGAAGGCUACCGCUGGUGACACCCACCUCGGCGGUGAGGAUUUUGACAAUCGUAUGGUCAACCAUUUUGUCCAGGAAUUCAAGAGAAAGAACAAGAAAGAUAUAAGUGGAAACCCUAGGGCUCUCAGGAGGUUGAGGACAGCAUGCGAAAGAGCUAAGAGGACCUUGUCUUCCACUGCUCAAACUACAAUCGAGAUUGAUUCCUUGUACGAGGGCAUUGAUUUCUACUCCACCAUUACUAGAGCGAGGUUUGAAGAGCUUAACAUGGACCUGUUCAGGAAGUGCAUGGAACCUGUCGAGAAGUGCCUGAGGGAUGCAAAGAUGGACAAGAGCAGUGUCCACGAUGUUGUCCUUGUUGGUGGGUCCACGAGAAUUCCAAAGGUUCAGCAACUCUUGCAGGACUUCUUCAAUGGGAAGGAGUUGUGCAAAAGUAUUAAUCCGGAUGAGGCCGUUGCUUAUGGUGCUGCUGUUCAGGCUGCCAUACUCAGUGGGGAGGGCAAUGAGAAGGUGCAGGACCUGCUUCUUUUGGAUGUCACACCGCUCUCUCUUGGUCUGGAGACAGCUGGAGGAGUAAUGACUGUUUUAAUCCCGAGGAACACCACUAUCCCUACAAAGAAGGAGCAGGUCUUCUCGACGUAUUCUGAUAACCAGCCUGGUGUCUUGAUCCAGGUUUACGAGGGUGAGAGGACUAGGACGAGAGAUAACAAUCUCCUAGGCAAAUUUGAGCUCUCUGGUAUUCCACCUGCUCCAAGGGGUGUUCCUCAGAUCACAGUUUGCUUUGACAUUGAUGCCAAUGGUAUCUUGAACGUGUCUGCCGAGGACAAGACUACCGGGCAGAAGAAUAAGAUUACCAUCACCAACGACAAAGGUAGGCUGAGCAAGGAGGAGAUUGAAAACAUGGUUCAAGAAGCAGAGAAGUACAAGGCAGAGGAUGAGGAGCACAAGAAGAAGGUCGAGGCCAAGAAUGCUUUGGAAAACUAUGCGUACAACAUGAGAAACACCAUCAAGGAUGACAAGAUUGCUUCUAAGCUGGCUGCUGCCGAUAGAAAGAAGAUCGAGGAUGCAAUCGAACAGGCCAUUCAGUGGCUCGAUGGCAACCAGUUGGCAGAGGCAGACGAGUUUGAGGACAAAAUGAAGGAGCUUGAGAGCAUUUGCAAUCCGAUCAUUGCUAAGAUGUACCAGGGGGCUGGCGCAGACAUGGCUGGUGAAAUGGACGAUGACGUUCCUGCUGCUGGUGGCAGCGGUGCCGGGCCAAAGAUUGAAGAGGUUGACUAAGUAUUAUCACCUGGUGUUCCUGGUUUGGUUUGAUUUCCUAUGUAGGUCUACUUGCCUUGGUACGAUGAGCUAUGCACUUUAAUUUCUUGUUUGCAUGUACUUAUAUUAUGCUGUUAUGGUCAUUUUGCUUCUGACGUUGGCUUCUCUCUAA